CGAAUCCUGGUGUCAAUUCAGUCGCUGCGCUACUUUGUUAUUGCAAUGAAUGACUCUCGUGUGCAGGUUGGGGUUAAGAAACUCCCAAUGCACCUUCAGAGUUCUCAAAAUCGUUUACUUAUUAAAGGAGGGAAGGUAAUCAAUGAUGAUCGAAUGUUUAAUGCUGAUAUCUAUAUUGAAGAUGGGGUUAUUAGACAAGUAGGUAGCCAGCUUUCAAUUCCAGGCGGUGUUAGAAUCAUUGAGGCCUCCGGAAAAAUGGUCAUUCCAGGUGGCGUUGAUCCGCAUACAUGUUUUGAAUCUUCUUCUCUGGGUUUAACUACGUCAGAAGAUUUCUAUUCUGGCACAAGAGCCGCCCUUGCUGGUGGCACUACCACCAUAAUCAACUGUAUUGUACCUACGAAAUCUUCACUUUUGGAUAUGUAUGAGAAUUGCCGUCAAACUGCGGAUUCAAAGGCUUGUUGUGACUACGCUGUGCAUUUUAUUUUACCCCAGUACGAUUCCAAAAUAUCUAAAGAAAUGGAACUACUGGUGAAAGAAAAAGGAGUGAAUUCAUUCAGGGUUUUUUUGUCAAGUACAAACGAUAUGUUAGUAGAUGACGGUGACCUCUUUGAAAUCGCUAAGCGGUGUAAAGAUCUUGGUGCGAUUCUUCAGGUUCAUGCAGAAAAUGGAAAGUUGGUUAAGAUACUAGAAUCGAAAAUAUUCGAUGACGGUAUCACGGGCCCAGAGGGUUACUUGUAUUCACACCCUGAAAUGGCAGAGGUUGAAGCUACGCACCGAGCGCUUUCUUUAACUAAUGCAGCUGGUUGCCCGCUAUACAUUCUUCAGGUCACUAGCCCAAAAGCAGCAAAUCAAAUAUCAGAAGCUCGUUGGAAGGGAAACGUCGUUGUGGGUGAAACACUAGCCUCUGCACUGGCUGUUGAUGGUACUCAUUAUAAGAAUAGUUGCUGGCGUCAUGCUGCCGGAUAUGUUCUGUCUCCUCCGCUAAGACCUAAUCCGAAUACUCCAGACGAGCUGAUGCGUUACGUCUCUACUGGGGUUCUAGAAUGCACUGCUAGUGGUCAUUGUGUUUUUAAAACCGAGCAAAAAGCUCUGGGAAAAGACGAUUUCCGCAAAAUCCCUUCUGGAGUUAAUGGGGUUGAGGAUCGAAUGUCAAUUGUUUGGGAAAAAGGAGUGAUGUCUGGUUUAAUAGACGCCUGCAAGUUUGUCGCUGUGACUAGUACGAAUGCUGCUAAAGUCUUUAACCUCUAUCCACAAAAGGGAAGGAUCGAUGUUGGAAGUGAUGCUGAUUUAGUUAUUUGGGACGGUAAUGCAACUCGCGUAAUAUCAGUCAAAAAUAACCAUGAAAAUGUUGACUUCAAUAUAUUUGAAGGGCUUCAAUGUCAUGGCGUGCCUGUCGUCGUGAUCGCUGCUGGUCGGGUUGUUCUAGAAGAUGGAGAACUCAGAGUUACUCAGGGCGCGGGUCGUUUCGUACCAGCCUUACCGUUUUCACCUUACAUUUUUGAACGAACCAACAGAUUGGCACUGAUGCGUUCAGUCAAACCAAUAAUUCGUGAUCCAUAUACUGGUCCUGUGUCCACAGAAUUUGCUGUGCCGACGAAAGAUCCUGUCAUCACUAAUGGCACAGAGAAAGUGUCGGUGAGCUGUGAUGCUGAGGGCUUGCGCCCUCGCUCACCUACUCGUUCAGGUGGUCGAAAUAUGCAGGAAUCUAGUUUUUCUUUGAGUGGUGCUCAGUACGACGAUAGUCGUCCAAUACGUACAGGGAUUCGAACAAAACAACCUCCUGGUGGGGCAUCGAACGCCUUAUGGUAGAUGUUCAUCGAAUAAAGUGGUUUAAUGAUUUUGGAGCCAAACACUAACUAGCAAUACUACAUAAUCAACAUGUAUUUUUCAAUAUAUAUAUAUAUAUAUAUAUAUAUAUAUAUAUAUAUAUUAGUGUAAAAUACAUCUGGUUGUCUGUUAUAUGUGCUCACAGCCGAAGUUAUAUAUAGCCUUUUUCAAUCAAACAAUCUUCCACGUCGUAUUUGAUGUGUAUCGACUUAAAAAACCCGGUCAUUGUCUUAGUUAUGGUUGUUUAUCAUUUCAAAUAUAAUAUGCUCCGUCAAUAAACUAUUACAUAUCAAAAAUUUCUUAUCGGUUUUUCUGUGUUUUGUAAUGAUUAUUCUAGUAUAAUCUGACAUGCACUGUGUUGUAUUCACUGAGGCGUCUGUUUAAAAUCUGAAUCUCAUGUGUCUAGUUACAUGAGUACCAUAUAUGCAACCUCAUAUUUGCACACAAACUACAU